CCAGAAGCGCUGCGGCCGCCGCGGGGCUGAGCGAGAGCGCCGAGCCGUCCGUGCGGAGCCGCGGCCCUGCCUCCCUGCCCGCCCCGCUGCCCCUGCCCCCCCGAGGGCCCCAGCUGCGCCCAGCCAGGACCCCCCCUCAGCUCCCGUCGGCGCCCCCCAUGGGCGCCCCUCGGCGGGCCCUCGGGGGCACAGGGGGCCCCGGGCCGGCGUCUUAGGUGCCCCCCGGGCCGGAGCGGGAGCAGCCCCCGGCGCCGCCGCUGCAGAGACCCCCGCCAGGCAGCCCGCCGCGGGAGGGGGCGCCCAGCCCCGGAGGAGGCCCCGCAAGGUGCCAUGUGACCAGGAGGUACGCGGAUGAUGUAGAGAUCUCCUUGGAUCCCAAAGAUUGAGAGAGAACACGCGACCAAGAGGGGGGCAGAAGCGGUCCCCGUGCCUCCGGUCACCAUGUCUGGAUCAGCCCAGCCUGUGCCACAGACCUGGAGAGCCUCGGAGCCCCGCUACCCUCCUCAUGCCAUUUCUUACCCGGUCCAGAUUGCCCGGCCGCAUUCAGACGUGGGUCUCCUGGAGUAUCAGCACCACUCCCGGGAGUACACCCCCCACCUGUCCCCCGGAUCUAUCAUUCAGCCCCAGCGGAGGCGGCCGUCCUUGCUGUCGGAGUUCCAGCCGGGGAAUGAGAGGUCCCAGGAGUUACACCUGCGGCCAGACUCCCAUUCUUACCUGCCUGACCUGAGCAAAUCUGAAAUUGAAUACAUUGAGACUAAGCGGCCUCGGCUGGAGCUGUUACAGGAGCCGCUGCUUCGGCCCUCGCCUAUGCUGGCCCAGCAUGGGGGCACUGAAGACCUCUCCAAGGAUCGAGGCCUCGCUGGCAAGCUGGAACCCGUGUCGCCAGUGAGCCCCACCCGUCCUGAGUCAGAGCUGGAUCUCUUACCGCCCCGGCUGUCCAAGGAAGAGCUGAUCCAAAACAUGGACCGCGUGGACCGGGAGAUCACCAUGGUGGAGCAGCAGAUCUCCAAGCUGAAGAAGAAGCAGCAACAGCUAGAAGAAGAAGCUGCCAAGCCCCCAGAACCCGAGAAACCGGUGUCCCCUCCGCCGAUCGAGUCCAAACAUCGCAGCCUGGUCCAGAUCAUCUAUGAUGAAAACCGAGUAAGUGGAACCCUUGG